CCUAGUUCUCGUAUCACGACAAUGAACUGCAUGGAUCACGCCUACAUGUUAUUGGCUCUGCCAUGACAUCAGCAGUUGUUAACUGUCAAAAGCUAGGCACGAAAGCGUAAUCGUAGCAGUCUAGAAUACAGUCUACAUUUAAGUGACUUCGACAACAUCGCUUCGUUUGAAAAAAUGAGCUCAAUAAGAAAUAUUUUCCGUAGACAGUGGUCAUCCAAUGCGAGACUCGAUGGUAAAACGGUAAUUAUAACUGGGGCCAACACUGGCAUUGGUAAAGAAACUGCCAAGGAUCUGGCGAAGAGAGGAGCCAGGAUCAUCAUGGCUUGCCGGGACAUGGGAAGGGCGGAGUCUGCUCACAAAGAGGUCGUAGAAGACUCCAAAAACCAGAACAUCGUUGUCAGGAAACUGGAUUUAGCCGACACAAAGUCAAUCAGAGAGUUUGCAGAGGUAAUAAACAAAGAGGAGGAGCAGGUUAAUAUUCUCAUCAACAAUGCCGGCAUCAUGAUGUGUCCCUUCUCCAAGACAGUUGACGGCUUUGAGAUGCAGUUUGGUGUCAACCACUUGGGCCACUUCCUGCUUACUCACCUGCUGUUCGAUCUGAUUAAAAAAUCAGCGCCCGCCAGGAUCAUUAACCUUUCCUCCAUGGCCCACGCCUGGGGCACUAUCAAGCUGGACGACAUCAACAGCGAGAAGGGGUACAGCGACAAGAAGGCGUACGGCCAGAGCAAGCUGGCCAACAUCCUGUGCACACGCUCACUGGCUCAGAGGCUGCAAGGCACCGGCGUGACGGUGUACGCCGUCCACCCCGGGGUGGUGCAGACCGAGCUGUGGCGGCACCUGAGCGCCCCGCUGAAGGUGACCUUCGCGGUGAUGAAGCCCUUCACCAAGACCUCCGUGCAGGGUGCCCAAACCUCCAUCUACUGCGCCGUCGCCCCCGAGCUGGAGAACGAGACCGGCCAGUACUACAGCGACUGCGCGCAGGCGAACCCCAGCACGGCCGCGAAGGACGACGUCAUGGCCCAGAAACUGUGGGAGCUCAGCUGUCAGAUGCUGGGAAUAACGUGGGACUGAACAAGGGGCGCGCUGCUCUCGAAGAAAACGUUGCAGAGGCGACCCCCCCCCCCUUUUCAGCGUUCACAACUCGGGUUACGCUCCAACAUCAGCCAUGCUUCAGCGACACUGAAUUCCAAACAUUUCAUUUCGGAUGCGUUGUGUCCCUGUUAUAUUAGUGGUGUUCCACGGUAUCCCCGUGUGAAAAAAUAGCACGCUGAAGUGUACUUGAAGUAUACACUUUUAUACUUAAGGAUACCUGAAGUAUAAUUGUAGUUUAUAUGAAGUAUGCCGCUGAAAAGCCGUUGAAAAGCGGCAAAGCUGGUCAGCUGAAAAGUUGGAUAGGCUAGGUGUGGUGAGUUGAAAAGCUGUCACUCCAUUUUACUUCCUUUUGUCUUAUUUAUUUAUUUUAGUUUGUUGUUUUUUGCCUGGAACCCGUGAGUGGGAAAGGUGAAGGUGUUUAUUUGAUUCCGUGUUGGUGUGGAUGCGCUCUCUCUCUCUCUCUCUCUCUCUGAAUUGAGCUUUGUUUAGCAGAUUCUUAUGCGAACAUGCAGGAAUUCAUGAUUAUUUGCUGAAAAAAACCAACCUCUUGCAAUAUAUUAUCCCUCUUCUUUUAAUACUAGUGAAUAUUUUGUUUCAAUUGUUUGUUUUUUUUUAUCACAAAUUUUAUAAUAAUAUUUGCCUAGAUGUGUUCUUGUUUAUGGUUAAUAAUAGUGAUGGCGUAAUACAGACCCAAGCAAUUCACUCUGAACCAAUCAUGUCAUUGUGCAACGAUCAAAGUCCAGACAACUGAAGUAGGCUGCUGCAAGUUUAGUUCAUUCUUAUUUUUAGUAUUUUGUUGAUUCAAUGUAUUUAUUAAUCAUAGUUUUUAUAGAUCUUUUUUUCUACCAUAAAUAUGGAUAUCCUUCAUGUGUUUAUGUACUUCACAACAAAAUAUAUAAAUCAGUUUAAGAUUGUGAAGUUGGAUGUUAUUGUAAUACGGUCUCAUUUAGUACUGUAAUUGAAGGGCAAGUUCUAUUUAUAUUUUAGGACAUAUCACAGCAUUAGUUUUCUUGCAGGGGGAAUAUUUACCAUGAAUUGCCCUUUUGUUUAUAAAAUGUAAAUAUUUUAUGGAAAUCUAUAAAUAAAUAAUAUCAGUAGUAAUA